GCCCUAUGCAAUACACGCCUUUCGUUCGUCAUCUUCGCCUAUCUACCUCAACUGGGGACCACGGCAGGAUUCAUCUUGCACGGUUUGAGAUACUGUUCAUCAUCCGGCUAAGAAGGCACUCAGCAGAACACCUCGCCCACAGAAGGUUCCAGGUGAAAGGGAAAAGUACCACGGCUUCUACAUCGUCUGGCCGCAACGACCACACUCCCACGCAAUCGGCACGCCGCCAAAAUGUGAUAUCUCUUCAAAUCGAUCAUCGAGUUACUUGCCCAACCAACAAUGUAACAAACCUAACGACUCAGACUGCACUGGUGUCGCUACGAAUACAAGUCGUUGCCGAAAUCAUGAAUAUUACCUCGAUAAACGCAUACAUCCUGUGA